GUGAUUUGCUCACAUUGUACAUAGGAAGUCAACAUCAAGACAAAACUACAACUGUUACGCUGUCAUCUGUGAUCAGAUAGGACAGAAGACGGUCGUCGGGGCCGGAUACCAGAUCGGAUACGGAUUGCGUUGCCUCUUUCACAUGACACACCAGGAUGCCACCCCUGCGAGGACCAGCUGGGCUGCUCCUCCGUCCCAUACGCAGACCUGUGGUUUGUGGGAGAUGAGGGAACGCCUGGGGACCGGUGGAUUCGGAUAUGUCCUGCGUUGGAUCAACAAGGAAACCGGUGAACAGGUUGCUAUCAAACAGUGUCGCCAGGAGCUGAGCCCCAAAAACCGGGAAAGAUGGUGCCUUGAAAUUCAGAUCAUGAAGAAGUUAAAUCACAAGAACGUGGUCUCGGCCCGUGAGGUUCCGGAGGGGUUGCAGAAACUGGCCCCCAAUGACCUUCCACUGCUUGCCAUGGAGUACUGCGAGGGUGGAGACCUGCGCAAGUACCUAAACCAGUUUGAGAACUGCUGCGGCCUUAAAGAGGGAGCAAUCCUGACCUUGCUCUGCGACAUCUCCUCUGCCCUACGGUAUCUCCAUGAGAAUAGAAUAAUCCACAGGGAUCUGAAACCGGAAAAUAUUGUCCUACAGCCGGGAGAGCACCGGCUAAUCCAUAAAAUCAUUGACCUGGGAUAUGCCAAGGAGUUGGAUCAGGGCAGUCUAUGCACCUCCUUCGUGGGCACCCUGCAGUAUCUGGCACCCGAGUUACUGGAGCAGCAGAAGUACACGGUGACCGUGGAUUAUUGGAGUUUUGGGACGCUGGCGUUCGAGUGCAUAACAGGAUUUCGUCCUUUCCUUCCAAACUGGCAGCCGGUGCAAUGGCACGGAAAGGUGCGUGAGAAGAGUAACGAGCACAUCGUGGUGUAUGAAGACUUGUUGGGAUCGGUGAAGUUCUCCAGCUUUCUACCAACGCCCAACCAGCUCAGUCCGAUCUUGGCUUCCAAAUUGGAACGUUGGCUCCAGCGUAUGUUAAUGUGGCACCCCAGGCAGAGGGGCACUGAUCCGCAAAGCCCUGAUGUGGGCUGCUUCCAGGCUCUGGACUCCAUCCUUAACCUCAAGUUGCUGUCUGUGCUAAACAUGGUAUCGGGCCGUGUGCAUACCUACCCCGUGACGGAGGAAGAGACCCUGCAGUCUCUGAAAAGUCGUCUGGAGGAGGACACAGGGAUACCAGAGGAGGAACAGGAGCUUCUACAGGCAUCUGGACUGGCUCUCAACCCUCUCCAACCCCUCGUGCAAUACGUGUCAGACCACAGGAUUACCGAGGCCCGUCAAGGAGAGAGCGACUUGAUAUUUCUCUUUGAUAACCGGAAGACAGUGUAUGAGCCUCAGAUAUCCCCACGACCCCAUCCAGACAGCGUCGGCUGCGUAUUGCAGGACCCCAAGCAUCAGCUCACCUAUGUCCAGCUGCGCAGGGUCUGGGGUCAGAUCUGGCAGACCAUUCGGGCCCUCAAAGAGGACUGUACCCGCCUGCAGAUGGGACAGCGUGCAACUCUGGUGAAUCUUCUGCGUUAUAAUACAGAGCUUUCUAAAAAGAAGAACCUGAUGACAUCAGAGUGUGAACAGCUAAAAGCCAAGCUAGACUUUUUCCGCAGCAGUAUCCAGAUCGAUCUGGAAAAAUACAAGGAACAAAUGGAGUUUGGAAUCACUUCUGAGAAGCUACUGACUACUUGGAAGUAUAUGGAGAGUGCAGUGGAGCUGUGUGGGAGGGAGCAGGAGGUACAACAUCUGGUAGAAAAAAUGAUGGAAUUACAGACAGACAGCGUCGAUUUGCAGAGAAACCCACUUGGCAGGAAGUAUCGCGGGACGCUUGAUGACAUAGAGGAACAAGCUAAGGAAUUGUAUCGGAAAUUGCGAGAGAGGCAGAGAGAUCAAAGGACAGGAGGCGAUAGUCAAGAGAUGGUUCGUCUCCUACUCCAGGCUGUCCAAAGUUUUGAGAAGAGAGUUGUGCUGAUAUAUGACCAGCUCAGUAAAACGGUGAUGUGCAAGAGGAAGGCCCUGGAACUCUCUCCUAAACUGAAAGAGGUCAUGGAGCAAAUGAGACAAGAUGACCAAAUGGUUGUAAAAAGACAGGAGAAGAGGCAGCAAGAGCUCUGGAAUCUCCUGAAGAUUGCAUGCAGUAAAGUGCGCGGCCCGGUCAGUAGCAGUCCUGACAGUUUGGUUACGUCCAGGAUGGCGGCACCAGCCACGCUGCUUUCGCAUCCUCCAGUCCAGUUAGCCAGCCCAUCCCAAGAGCACCUCAGGAAAAGUGAGGAACUUCUCUCUGAGUCCCGGAGUCUGUGUGGGCAACUAGAGCUUUCAAUGAGAAACUUCUUGACAGAACGGGACACAAGCCUGGUGUCUUUAGAUUGGUCAUGGCUGUCGGCUCAGGAGGAGCAGUUGGUGGGACAUCAGAGCACCGGAACGUGAGACCCGAUGACGACACGGAGGAGAAGGCCGUACGCAGCAUCACAUAGAGGAUCGUCAGACACACUUAUUAACGCGCACUUGUCUGCUUUGUGUCCUGUCCCGAUUUAUAGAAUUAUGAAAUAACGUUGGGUUCCCAUCCAGAUCUGCGAGGUGCUAGCAAUAUCCAACACAACGCGACAAAAGGGUUCUUGUGUUAUUACCGAUUAGAGGCAAGUAACCGCAAAAGAAAUACUAAAAAAUUUAUAUUUUUUUGUACUUGGUUUUUAGCAGUAUGUCCGUAUCAUAACUGUUUUUUUUUUUUUUUUUUUUUGUGAAAUUACAUGUAAAAAGGAAUAUU